GACAGUUAUUUUGUGAAAUGCACUUGUCCUCUCUAGAAAGGUAAUGCACAGACCAGGAUAAAGCCGUAAAUGAUGAGUCGUUGAUGGGGCCAAACUAUGACAUGAAAUGACUGCUACACCACCAUAAACCAUAACUAUAAACUCGGAACAAAACAGAACAACGGAACAAUUCAGGCAAAUCCAGUAGAGUCCUGGGAGUUCUUCGGUCCGAGAUCUCUAGUGUCAACACUGACGCCGCAUUCCGCUGUAUGACAACACAAAGCUGCUCCAGCCUCCACCGGGAAGAAACAGCGGGAUGGUUGUACCAAAAGCCUUGCUUUGGGGAAGGGGAUGCAUCUGACAGCUGGGACGGCGAGCACGACAGAAUGAUGUAGACGAAACUGAAGAAUGCCAUGGACAACACUUCUGGGCUGUACAAAAGGACUGGGAAACUACCUUGAGUGUUCACGUCUACCCCUGCAUCUAGGAAAUGUUAUCUAACCCGCAAUUGUAGCAAGCGGGACAGGAAAGAACUCAAGAUUUAUCUAACGUUAGCGAUCUUGCGCUAAGGGAGUGGCAAAGCGAGCAAGGUGUCAUUCAGUGCCACAGAUCAGGUGAGCUAGGUAACUUAGACUUCCAUGUGGGGCUGCUGAGCAACAUUUGUAGGGCCUCAGGACUCAGCAAACAGGAAUCCCAGUAACGGAGACGAAGCAGCAACCCCCUUUUGGGGUGACGACGCCACCAUUUCCGGGUUUGUGACGGCUGGGAGAGUGGAGCGAGAGGCAGGAGCGAGGAGUCCGGGGAGCGGGACGGUGUCCGUGUCCAUACCUGCUCUGCUGGGAGACAGCAUGGCCGCGGUGAAGGGCUCUGGGAAGGAGUCGCUGUUGCAGAACGAACGAGUCCGAUUCAUCUUCUGCUUUUCUGGAGUCUUUGUUUGCUAUUUUUACUAUGGCAUACUACAGGAGACCAUAACAAGGGGCCAGUAUGGAGAGGGAGACAAGAAGGAGAAGUUCAAGUAUGCCACCACCCUGGUCUUCAUCCAGUGUAUCAUCAACGCUGCCUUCGCCAAGCUCUUAAUCCAGUUCUUUGAGAAGCCCAGGCCUGAUCACACUCGGAGCUGGCUCUACGGUGUGUGCUCCCUCUCCUACCUGGGCGCCAUGGUGUCGAGCAACUCAGCUCUGCAGUACGUCAACUACCCGACACAGGUGUUGGGGAAGUCCUGUAAACCCAUCCCAGUUAUGAUCCUGGGUGUGACGAUACUGAGAAAGAAGUACCCACUGGCCAAGUACCUGUGUGUUCUGCUGAUUGUGAGUGGGGUGGCCAUCUUCCUGUAUAAGCCCAAUAAGGGGGUGGCCACCACGGAAGAGCACCUGUUCGGCUUUGGGGAAAUGCUGCUGCUACUGUCCCUGACUCUGGAUGGGCUGACAGGUGUGGCUCAGGACCACAUGCGGGGCCGCUAUCAGACCAGCCCCAACCACAUGAUGCUCAACAUCAACCUUUGGUCCACAGUGGUGCUGGGGAUGGGGGUGCUGUGGACCGGGGAAGUGUGGGAGUUCCUGAGCUUCACUGACCGCUAUCCAAGUAUCAUCUACAACAUCAUGCUGUUCGGUCUCACCAGCGCCUUGGGUCAGACUUUCAUCUUCAUGACGGUGGUGUACUUCGGACCACUCACCUGCUCCAUCAUCACCACCACGCGGAAGUUCUUCACAAUCCUGGGCUCGGUCCUCCUCUUUGGCAACGUCAUCACUACCAUGCAGUGGGUUGGCACUGUUCUCGUCUUCUUGGGUCUGGGCCUGGAUGCCAAAUAUGGGAAAGCACCCAGGAAGACGACACACUGAGGUGCUCAGGUGCCCUGCAACUGUGUGCGCCUGAGCAGUGCAGUGGUCAAAGUGGCAGCUGGACAGACAGACAGGAAUUCACCUCAGAACCUGUCUCUCCUAUCUCUCCACUCCAGUGGAGACACUCCAACACAGAUCCGUCCAAUCUCAGCAGUUGCUGGAUUUCCAAAUCCCUGGUGAAGAAGGAACUCCAAAAUCUCUCGGUUGCUUGCAGUUUUACCAGCCUUUAUGACUUGAAAAUGGUGUAGGCGUGCUGUCUGCAGCAGUCCCCACCCCAUUCUUUAUCACAUGGAACUAUGCUUCCUCAGCGGGUUUAUCAAUAACACACUCUCAUUUUAAAAGCAACAAGACCUCUUGGAUGUGAGGCUGUAAAAAAGAAGGGGGACACAUUUCAGGUGUCGCACCUGGGGUGAGCUUAGUUGGCAAACCAUUUCGCAAUAUUCUGUACCCAAGCCUCUGUGUUACAACACACUUACAACACAACCCAAGUGUAUGUGUAAACCAGCUUCCGACCUGACUUUCCAUCAGCACUUUUGUGACACGUUUCGCCAGCUGAACUCUCCUCUAUCAAAUGCCUUUCCUUCUCAAAUUCUCCUGUUCUUUUUCACAAAAACUGCUUAGUUUGUCCAUAGCAAAUUUGCAUUUCCACCCCUAUAAUCAGAGCAUUUAAUGCAAGUUUUGAGAAAUACACAAAAUUCUAAAUGAACUGCAGGUGAUACGAAAGUAUUCUUUGCACUUAGUUUACAUAUGUACUUACUGUAAUGAUAUACAUACCUCCAUUCCUAUCCCAGGAGACAUUUCAGAGGUUGUUAGUUUGUUUAUAUCAUAUCAUGAAAUAGACCUGAAAUCUAAUUAUGUGAUAUGGGUGUUCUUGAUGUCAGCACAUCCUUUAUAUAUUUUGUGUUAUUCCUUUUUCUGUUACGCUCUGUAACCACACUGACCCAUUACAAUUUAUACUAUAAUGUUGAAGAGAUGGUGGAAAAAAAGGAAAACAAAAAGGGAAAUUAUUUUACUAUACACAAACAGUCUGGUUGUUUAUAUAUAUCUGCAAGUAAGGAAGAACAACCCCUGAACAACAAGUAUCUGCCAAAAGGUGUAGUUUUGCCAACAUCAUGUGUGCCCUUCUUACAGGGCAAAACCCAAAUAAAAUGGAUGAUU